GCAGGCGUCACUGUCAGGGUUUUUUUUUGUCUCUUUGAACACAUUUAACUCAGGACUUGAUGUAAGCAGUCGUAUUUCGUUGUCACAGGGUGGCAGUGCUGCUGCAGAGAGGCAUGGCAUCGAGUUGUGUUAACAUCCUGCUGUGGCUUGUUGGUGUGUGAGGUGGUGGCCAGCUGUCUGCUAGGGAACAAGUAGCUUCACUCUUUGCAUCACAAACCCACUGCAACUAUCGUUUGAGCGCAGGUUGGUCCUCAGCAACCGAGAGGAAAUGAGCGACUUAAAAGUUCAGAAGGUUUUCAGCUGGAAUGUAGGUGUGUAGAACAGAGAUGACAAGAGAGUGAGAGGGAAAAAAAUAUACCUUCUGAUCAAUAGAAUAAAAAAUAAAAGCAGCAUGGCUCAAAAGGAGUGUUACAGAGUAGCAAGAUGUGAGCAAAUUGUUGGAAAAAUACAUAUACAAUACAUAUAAAUGUGUAUACAUGUAAUGUCAUGUAUUUGUUGAUGGAUAUGUAGGAUUUGGAUGGCUAUAUGGAUGGAUGGAUAUAUGCAUUGACGGAUUAAUGGAUUAAUGGAUGGAUUGAUAUCUAGAUGCAUGGAUGGAUGGAUGGAUGGAUGGACGGCAUUAUAAUGAUGUCAUAUUACAUAGAUGACAAUUUUGAGUUCACUUUUAGCCAAAAUUAUUCUGUUCCCUAAAGGUGCAGAACUUUACAUUACAUCUUUUGGGACAAAUCCACACAAACUACUUAAGGUUUAGAGGUUUCCAAGCAAAGACGACUUCAAAUCUUCACAGGAAUCCAAACUCAACCCUUAAAACUCUUACAUCUGUUUAAACUCACUUGUAUUCAACCAGCAAUUGUGAUUCUUCCUUCAGCUUUCACCAGUCACACUUGAUUUCUGGAUUUGGUUUUCCUCUAGUGAAGAUCUUUAUGUGCUGUGUUGCAACAGUCUGUUAAUAAUCUGUCAUAAUAUUAGCGGACAGAAAGUGUGAGUAGAGUGCACAGAGCUGAUAAUGCAGUUAUUUCCUGUAUGUAAUCACAAGUGCAUCGCUUCGUUUGUCAUGCGCUGGAUUACAUUGUUUAAGUUCUGCUCCGUAUUAAGACGCAUCGAUCACAUCUGAUGAGUUGCAAAAUCCCACAUUGUAGCGAAAUUGAAGGACGCCAUGCAACUAGUUUGUGGCUUAUGACAUUGUUGGCAUGCAAUUUUCUUAUAUCAGAUAACACUGACUGAUUGUAUCAUUAUUUCCUCUUAGUUAAACACAGUGUUGCAAAAUAGUUGCUGAAAUGUUUGUAACAGAGUGUCACAACAUCCUGCUACAACAGCAGAGGAUGUUAACGAAGCCGUCACUUUAACACCAACUCGAAGAAGAAAAGAUUUCACAGCUGGAAAGAUGGAAUCCAAGCCUCGAGGUCCUGUGCUGAUUUCAACAGUUGUCGUGGUGAACAUUAUGUGGUGGAUGGUGAUGAUAGCAGCCAUUGUACUGGGCGCCACUCAUCUGGGCCGCUGUCAUGUGCAGCCCAACAUCCCCAUUUACCUGAUAGUUCUGGGAGCAACCAGCAUCCUGUCUCUGUCUGUGACCUACAGCAGAGGAAGCUACCAGGACGGAGCCGGCUGCAUCCUCACCUCGGCCUGCAUGACCUUCCUGCACCUCUUCACUUUUGUCUGGUUCAUAGCAGGUACCACCUGGGUUUAUUCUGUGUAUCCUCCAGACUACUCUCCUGGAACAGAUCGCUACUGCCACCAGAUCACCUACCAGUUUGCCUUCAUCGUCACUACGAUCCUGUGGGUCGCUACGACUCUCAUGUUCGUCUGCGGUUGUUGCUUCGCUCUGGUGAUCUGCUGUAAGACGAUGGGUGCAAGACGCUACUUUGCCCGCAGUAGUUUCUACGGUGCCACAAGUGAUGUCAACGAAACCACUGCUGGUGAUGUGUGAUUUCAGUCCUGCUUCAUGGUUUUUGAAAUGUUUAAGGAUUUUAUAUGGAAGCUGGAUUUAAAUUUUCAGAGGAAUAUGAUGCAGAUUCUGCACCUAAGGUUGCUUUAUGUUGCUUCUCAUGUACAGUAUAUUAAAGUCAUACACAAAGUGUAGAAGUACAUUAUUUAACACUUGUGUUGUCCUGCGGGUCAAGUUGAAAGAUUGAAAAUGUGGGGGAAAAAGAAUAUUUUCACAGUGAAACUUCUGAUGGCCACAUUUUCAACAUUUUUGGGAAAUUUUUGAACAUUUUUUGGUGGAAAAAAAAGAAAUGUUAAAAAUGUUUCAUAAGAACAUUCACAAAAAAAUCAACCAAAAUCCAGCAAAUUUCACUGGAUUUUUUUGUGAAUCUUCUUAAAGAAAAUAUUAGAAGUUUUACUGAUAUACAUAUUUUCAUUGUAGAUUUUUUUAAGGAUUUUUUUGGAAAAAAUUUUACUCAUUUUUGAAGACAUUUACAAGAAUUUUCUUGCCAAAAAUGGGAGAGAUUUUUUUAAAUAAAACUUUUAAGGAAUUAUUGACAUUUUCUUCCUGAAGGUUUUGCCCAUUUUUAGAAAUUUGGGAUUUUUUUUACAGAAUUUUUGGCUUUUUUUAUGCAGUCCUCCUGUAAAUGUUUAAUACUUGGUAACUUACUUCUCUUAAAACUUGUCAAGUGUGUUUUAAAGCAGUUAAAUAAGUUUAUUUUAUGUAAAAGCAACACCUGAAUCCAACCUCAGUUGUUCUUCACAGGUCAAAAUAGCCACAUCUAUGAGCUGCUAAAACCAUCACAUCCCUCAGAUCACAUGCUUUGAGCUGACACAAUAAUAAAACUUUCACCAUUUUUAGCCAAAUAAAAUGAUGUUCCAGUGGCGACCUAGUAUUGAACUCUUCUACAUACCUUCUUGACCCAGGUAGUGAGGGAGAGACUAAAUUUCAUCACGUAAAUCUUACAUGCCUUGCAAAAUUUUGCAUUUGUAAAUGUUAGAUUUUUUUUAAGUAAUUUCUUAUACGAUACCUUUUUCUGGGAGUCUUUGAAAGGACUUUUUUUGAACAAUAUGUUUGCCUUUUCUAACACUGUAUUGCAUUUUAUAUAUAUACCAAGUUGUGUUUUUAACUUUUACAUUUAAUUUUUUUUUAUGACACAUCUGUUUAAUUUGCUGUUCCGUGAAGCACCUGGUAACUUACAUUUAGAAAUGCUCUAUAAAUAAAGAUGAGUAUUAUCAUUA